CUAACCGUCUGAAUAGGGGGAUAUAAUUUCCUUUCCUGCGUUUUCUGCCUUUUCUUCUUCUGUCCAUAAUUCUUUUCUUUUGACCAUCUAUACACACUUUUCUAGGGUUCCUUUCUUUUCCUUCAUUCGUUACCUUUCUCUCCAACUCCUCUCCUUCUUCUCCACUUCACGCGUUUUUCUCUUUCUUUAUCUUCUCUUCUCUUCCUUCUUCCUUCACUGUCACUCUCAUUUUUCCAUGGCCUCUUCCUCUUCUUCCUCCUCCCCUGCUGCUUCUUCUCUAUUAUGCGACAAUCAGAUCGUUUCAGCUUCCUCUUCUGCUGCUGUUGAUGAUUCUUUCGAAGACGCUUGCAGUAUCUGUCUCGAGCCUUUCUCCACUGCCGAUCCAGCCACUGUUACUAGCUGCAAACAUGAAUAUCACCUUCAGUGUAUCCUGGAAUGGUCUCAAAGAAGCAAAGAGUGUCCAAUAUGUUGGCAGCUAUUUGUUUUGCAAGACCCAGCCAGCCAAGAGCUUCUAGCUGCUGUUGAGAGUGAAAGGUGCUCCAAGUCAAGGAACAUAGCUUCCUCUGUACCCCCUCCUUUUCAUCAGGAAUUUGAUUUUGGACUGGAUCCCACUUACAUGGAUUAUGCCGAAAUUGAAGAGCGUGUUAUGCGGCAUCUAGCUACUGCACGUUAUUUUCGCAGAAGAGAGAUGCAGAGAGCUGCUGGGCUUGAUCCUUCUCAAGUUCUUGUUUCUAGUUCUGCUGCUAAUGCUCCUGGAUUGCUUUCGUCCAACACAACGUCACCAGAUUCUAGUCAUUCGUCAUCUGAGGAGGAUUCACCAACUUCUGGCAUACAAUCAGCUGCCAGUAUUCCACCUUCCUCAUCUCUCUCUGGUACUGCUGUAACCAGAGAUGACCCUUUUAGACCCAGAGUUCUCUUUAGGCAGCCACAACCUGAUAGUCCCAGGAGAGCAAACCCAACUGAGAUACUCUCAUUGUCAGAUUCUAUCAAAUCUAAAUGGUCUGCUGCUUCAGCUAGAUAUAAGGAAUCAAUCUCAAAAAGUACCAGAGGUCUAAAGGAGAGGUUGGUUGCUCGUAAUAACUCCGUUAAGGAGCUGAGCAAAGAAGUGCAGCGUGAGAUGAGUGCAGGAAUUGCUGGUGUUGCAAAAAUGAUUGAGCGCCUAGAUCUUGCCUCAAAACGAACUGGAACUUCUGUUCCUACUCCUGGUUGCACGGUGGGGACAUCUAGUGUCGUAUUUAAAGGAAAGGGUGUGCAAGAGAGUGCUAUUAAUAAGAAAAGUGGGGAAGUUUCACCUGAUAUAAGUUCAGAUGCACCCCCUUAUAUCUCUGGUACCAACCCAGGUCAAUUGGAAACGUUGCAUGCACAGAGAGGACUUUGACGCUGUGAAGUUUGGGACUGGCUACUUAUUUUUAUAUAUUCUGGAUAAUGCAAGUGACGUACAGUUAUGAAACCAAAUGCUCAUUGGUGGGCGUCCUGCAUUGCCACCAUAUGCAAAGUAGAAAAUUUGGUUGGCCAGUGAAAACCAUAUCAUCACUAUAGCCUAUCGCAGUUGUUUAUGUUGUGGUAGAGGUAAUUGUAGAAUUGUGGGGGAAUCUCUCCUUCCUUCCAUUAGCUUUUAUUGUUUGCACCUUCAUUUUUAUCAAGAAACUGAUCGUUCUGCUUUUUGCCAUGUUCACUGGUGCUAAUAUUAUAUACUGUCAAUUAAUGAUAAUAUAUUAAGUGUUUAUGUGGCCUA